UAAAAGCCCUCCUUGUAAUAACCAUUUAAAGACUAAACAAGCUUAGCUCUUACCUAAAGCAAUAUUCUCUUUAUGUUCUCUCCCCAUCUUGCUUCUUCCUUCCCAACACUACAUAGUAGAAUGGAAGACCAAUGCAGCCCUCUUAGCUGGCCUCUCUUCUUCCAGGAAGAGGAAAUUGAGCUGAAACAUUCUCUGCUUUACACUACUCUGGAGCUGGAAAACACAAUUCUCAGUGCGCAGGAAGAGAUUUCCAGGAAAGAUGAAGAGAUUUUGCAGCUGAAGAACCUGUUAGCGAUAUUUGCUCAGGAGAGAGAUGAAGCCAUGGAGGAAUGCCGGCGGCUAGGGUUUGGGAAAUCGCGGCUCCAGAUCGGGAAACCCGACAAUGCUUUCAGCGGAACAACGACCAACGAAGAUCUAGAAAAUGGACUCUGCAAUUCCUCGGAUUCCGAGGAAAUUGCCGCCGUCGCGGCUGUUGUUUCCCCGGUUAGAUCGCCGCCGCCGCUUCCGGAUGAUGUGACGGUCAAAAUCGCCCCGAAACUGCCCUUGCCGGAGAAGGGGAAGUUUCUGCAGGCGGUGAUGGACGCCGGGCCGCUGCUGCAGACGCUCCUCCUCGCCGGACCUCUCCCGCGGUGGCAACAUCCGCCUCCUCAGCUCAACUCCGUCGACAUUCCGCCGGUAACCAUCUGCUCCCCCCGGCUGGAUUCCGCCGCCGUCAGCAGGAAGAGAGCGGCGAGUAAUCCCGUAUCCCCAUCUUCCCUAAAGUAUACAAAGGUUUUCCAUCAAUCAUCAUCUUUGACCUCCAUCUAAUUAUUCUCCAUAACCCGCAGAUCUCCUUUUUCAAAAAGAAGAUUCUACUGCUAGUGGUUUUUUACCUUAGAAAUUAAUCAUAGGAAAGAAAGACAAGUUCAAAGAGAAACCUUAGAGAAGCCUAAUUAAUUAUGAGUGGCCUGUUUCUCUUUCAAAGAAUCCCACUAAAAUGUGAGGAUUUGCCUCCUUUUUUGCUUUAUUCCCUAAUCCUACUUUAAUUAUUAGAUUAGAUGUGUGGGUGUUGGAUAUGGAGACCUGAAUGUUCUGAUCCACAAACACUUUAAAUUUGUGAUCUCUUAUGAGUCUAUAUAUGUUGCUGGUCUAAGGAGGCCAUCUUUAGCAAUUCCAUCCCCAUAUAAUAUACUAAAGUGAGCCUUUUGAUUUAUAUAUAUUUAAGUAUAUAAACUAGUUUUUACUUUAUAUUUCUAAAAUGGAAAGUGAAGUAUAUAUGAUAGCUUUGUGCCUUUGUUUUUACAAACAUAAAAAAUUUAGUAUUAUGCAAUUGCAUCUCUUGAGAUGUAUGGUUGUUGUAGACCAGAUAUGGUCAUGAUUAAGUGGCUGAGUUUUAUAUUUUAAUGAUGAGAUUAUGUUUAUGCUCUUCA